AUGAAGCUGACUAGCGAAAGGAUGCCCAACAACUCUUCUAGUUUCUCUCUAUCCCAACAGAUCACGGAGAAGAAUGAUCAUUACCGUCAUGCUGAUUUGGUGCAAAAAGCAUUGACAAUCUUGCAGAAAAGAAUACUGAAUGGGGAUGCUAUGGCAUAUUUCUUACGAGGUCAAUUAUAUUUUGAAGAGGGAUGGUAUGAAGAAGCAUUAGAACAAUUCGAAGAAAUCAAGGAAACUAAUCAUCAAGCAAUAUACCAGCUAGGAGUAAUGUAUUAUGAUGGGCUGGGGACAGAUGCAGAACCUGAAAAAGGAGUGGAGUAUAUGAAGAAAAUUUUUGAUUCUCUGUGUCCCAAAGCAAGACACUUAAAAUUUGCAGCUGCUUACAAUCUUGGAAGAGCUUAUUAUGAAGGAUGUGGUGUUAAAAGAUCAGAGGAGGAAGCGGAAAGACUCUGGCUUUUAGCUGCAGACAACGGAAAUCCAAAUGCUAGUGUAAAGGCACAAGGUAUCCUAGGAUUGUAUUAUUCAACAAAGGAACCUAAAGAAUUAGAAAAGGCGUUUUAUUGGCAUUCAGAAGCAUGUGGCAACGGAAAUCUGGAGUCCCAGGGUGCACUUGGGCUCAUGUACUUCUACGGACAAGGCAUCCGCCAGGACACGGAGGCUGCCCUGUAUUGCUUGAGAGAAGCUGCGAAACGUGGCAACGUCUACGCUCAGGGGAAUCUCGUGGAGUAUUACUAUAAGAUGAAGUUUUUUACCAAAUGUGUUGCUUUUUCCAAAAGGAUUGCGGACUAUGAUGAGGUUCACGAUAUCGCCAUGAUAGCCCAGGUGACAGACUGUCUCCAGGAAUUCAUCACCAGGGGCAUGGCCACAGCUUCCUUCUACUAUGCGCGCUGUCUUCAGCUUGGCCUGGGGAUCAAAAAGGACGAGGAAGCAGCUCAACACUAUUACUCUAAAGCUUGUCAUCUAAGCCCUGCAUUGACAGAUGAGCUUCAAGCUUUAGUUAUUCAUCAAAAAAUUUAG